AUGUCUGCCCUCUCACGCCUUUACUUGUUGCUGUCAGCACAAUGUCGUCGCGCGCUAUCCACUGCUGAGCUCUAUGAGGAGCGUGAGCGCGAUUUCUAUCGCAACGGAAACCGCAGCGAGCGCAACUACGAGGAACUUGACCUCGAGCUGCGCCGUGGCUCUGGUCCGGAUCCUCGCCGCAGCGCCCCAGACUUCUUCCGCGAGGACUACAGCCGCCCAACCGCUGGAGCGCUUGCACUGCGGCCCCGCGACGAAGACAACUUGUCCAGGGCAGGACCCCGCAGUAGCCGCACUUUCGACGAUGACGUACGCUCCGUUCGCAGCCGACCCCCACCCCCACCCCCUGCGUCCACUGUCCGGGAUGUAGAGCGCGACGACAUCACAAUUAGACGUCGUGAGCAGUCGCGAGGCCCUCCUGCUCGUGAAGUCGAGCGCGAACGCGAAGACAUCAUCUUCCGUCGUGGUGAUGGCCCCCCGGUCCGAUCAGUCAGCCGACCCGCCCCUCGUCAGGUGGACGACGACGACGUACGCUUCCGGGGUCGUGGAGGCGACAUCGACUUCCACGCUUCUCGCAGUGAGGUCAGCCGCCACGGUAGGGACGUGUCUGCUGAGAGGGGCUCAAUCCGCUUCCAAGAGCACGACGGCAACUUUGAACUUCAUGCAAAGCGCCGAGAAUACAGCCGCGAUGGCAGAGACUCGAGCAGAGAAAGGAGUUCCCUGACGAUUAGAGGUCGUGACAGGAGCCUUCCACCCCCAUCCCGUCACCGCGGAGACCUGGUAGCCAGGGAGCGUGAGGAGUUUGUCAUCCGCCGUCCGCGCGCCGAGUCCCCGCCCCAGAACAACCGCGAAGUCGUAAGAGACGAAAUCAUCAUCAGACGCAAGGAGGAGCGAGCCCCUUCUCCCUCUCCAUCUCCAUCCCCGCCGCCUCCACCACCGCCGCAGGUGCCAGAACCAGAAAUCCGCCCUCCUAUUAUCCAGGAGAUCAUCACCCACCACAGGCACAUCGAUCAUGGUGUCGUUAGGGCCCGUACUCCCACCCCGCCUCCCCCACCAGCGCCACCAUCUCCUCCCCCGCCACUAAAUGAAACUCUCGAAAUUGAGAUCAACCGCAGAGACCGUGGACGUGGAAGAAGCAAUUUCGAUGAACUCGAUAUUGAUAUCAACUUCAACCGUGACCAGGGAUCGGUGAAGCACCGGAAGAAGGACAUGUGGACCGAGAUCACAAAGGACCUGGUAAUCCGCGAAGCCAUUGACUCGAUGGGCUACGCAUGUGAAGAGACAGAUGACUUUUUCUACGUGAUGGAGUAUCUGCAAUACGAGGAUGUAUUGCACCUUGUGGAGAUCUCUGAUGAGAUUCGCCGAAAGCGCAAGAGCCGAAUCCGGGAGAUUGAGGUUGAGCGCAAGUCGAUCCAUAACUCUCGCCCCCAAUCAGCUUACGAUGACCGUUACUACGAGCACGAAGUAUCUUUCGACAGCCGUCGCAGUCGGUACCGUUAGUGCGCUUUAAGCAACCUUUUCGCCCGGCUUCGUUUGACGCUGGAGUUACACAUCAAUACUGGAGAGACAGAGAGUCCCGCAUUGAUGCUGCGUCUGCGACAACCCAGUGCGUUUGUCUCGGCGAGCGAAUCCUUCAAUCCGACCAGCGCACUUUGCAAUGUCUCUGCAUGUCCGACAAACGUUUACCGUCUUCCAGCGCGCUUGUCGGGAAAAGUCUCAAUUUGACACCAAACGACUCAGAAGAUUUCUACAUUCUACAACGAGGACACGGCCUGUAUGCACUAAUGAAUAUGAUGAUUACGACUAGCAUACCCCCGAGGGAGGACGAAAGAGGUGGUUUGUGUUUUCUUUGAGUUGCCUUUGAAUUCUCGGUGGAACACGAUUCUUAAAGGGAUCGAUGGGAUCUCGAUCCGAGUGCGAUGGUGGCGUGGGGAGGGAGGUACAUGAUUCUUUUUCUUUACUUUUUUUCCACAAUCGAAUACAAUCAAUUAUUGGCG